AGCCCCAAGAGUCUCCAUGGAGACAACGAGUCCUGCUGGUCUGUAGCCAAUGUGGCUCAAGAUCGCAGGAGUUUCCUGUGUGCGCCCCCUCCAGUGGCCGCCCCUUGCGGCGCCCAGGUUGUGCUGGACGCCAUCGGCGACCACGCCAGCGUCAUCAUGACAGUCGGCGAUUGCCUCAAGGCCGCCAUGGUCAUCUCGAAGCGCAUACGUCCCGGACAAGAAUGACGACGAGAGGAAGGCUGUCGACUGUGGCCGGUUCCGCCCAGACGGCAAGAAGGACAGCUCGGACGAGGCUGCGGUCGUCCUCACCACUCAGUUUGAGGACACUGUGCAGACCAUGCAGCCCGUGCAGCGCAAGAAGAAAGCCAGCGCCAUGGCCAGGGCCGGCGCCCACAGCGAGCCGGCCUUCACUGCGGCCGACAUCCGUCCCGCAAUAGACCUUCAGGGCACCGAGGUCGCCAAGGGGCGAGCCACCCUCUCCGGCAUCCAGGAGGUCGCGGGCGUUCUCGUGGUGGCGCACACUGCGAAGGCCGCGCUGAACGCUAUCGGCUCCCACAUCCGCGUCAACGUGACUGAUGGCAACUAUUUCAAGACCGCCGCGGUCAUCGCGAAGUCCAUCAACAUCCUGGACAGGAGCGCGCGGCCCGCGCGCGCUGCGCGCCGCAAGCGGCACCGGCGAGUGCCCCGCCGCCGGAGGCGACUCGCUGGAAGCGGCAAGUGCUGCUCCGUUGGAUCGGCGGCGGCUGGCGAAGCCAGGCGCCGCGGGCGGCGGCGCUGUUCACGGCGCUGGUGUCGGUGGGGACGGCGUCGCCUGCGUCGCCAGCGCCUGCGCCGGAACCGACUCUGGCAAGCGUCGACACAGCGGCUGAAGAUCACGUGUGGUACAAGGCAAAAUUGUGUGUGUGCUUUAACGAAGGAGGUUCGCUGUUCAGAUACGAAGCAAAUUCCACAGUUGAGUCAUGUGCGGCUGCUUGCCGCCACAAGGGAACGUGCACAUUUGCUUCACACUUGUGUCUGCCACGGGCCACUUCCGAAGUGCGAGGGCUGAGAAUACUGCGACGAAAGCGGCCCUUUUCUUCGCAAUGCGACUGCAAGGCUCACACAAUGUUGACGGAGACGGUAUCAGCGGGACCUUCGGUUGAGCUCUUUAUGAGGCCAUGAAACGUGUGAGGGGUGUGCCG